GCGCAUUCUGCUGCAGGACACGACCAUGAUCACUAAGGUAGUACUUGCGCUUUUGGGGCUGGCCUGCACGACCGCCUUCCCCAGUACGUACCAGGAGCAACGGCAGUUCUACUACCCGCAGCCUCUGCCGGUUCAGCAGCAGGUGCUGACGGCCUACCAAGUGCCACAACAACUACCUUAUCAAGUCCCUGCUGCCACCCAGCUUCUUCCGAACAAUGUAAACACAGGAAUUCGUUACGGCCCACACCAAUUGGUGUACGUCGUGCCUGCUGGAAGCCAGGUUAUCUUUGACGAAGAAGGAGGCCAGGGAGGACAAGGAGGAAGCGUCAUCGAUGGCGUCGUGAACUUGUGGAAUGGAUUCAGCAGCUAUUUUCCCAAUUGGGCAGGUGGUGCAGAAAAGCCUACUGAAGGUGCUACUGGCGCUACUAAUCCUCAAGAACCAUCAAAAGAAAAGCCAGAAAAGCUGGAGCAGAAGCCACCUAUGCCAGUAGAAGCAGAGAAAGAGCCGGAAGGCGCUAAGAACAAACCGAAUCAGCAGACCCAACAGCAGCUCCAGCAGCAACAACAGCAGCUCCAGCAGCAGCAACAACACCUCCAACAGCAGCAACAGCAGCACCUGCAGCAGAGGUAUUAUCUUUUCGGACAGCCUCAACCGUACUUCGCACCAAGGCCGGGAUUUUCAAGCCCAAACCAAAACCAGUUGCACUACAGAAAUCUCGCUCAGUUGGGAAUGCGUGACCAGAAACCCGGCAGUGCUGCUCUUGGAUUUCAAAAAUUGUUGCAAAAAGGCGGAGAAGAGGCAAAACAGCCCAACGCCAACGCAGAAACUACGACCACCGAGGCUUCCAGCAAAGAACCCAGUUCAUCGGUUUCUCCUUCCGUUGAAUCCCCUGUUGAAGAACUCGGACCGUCAAUUGCCCAGGCGAAACCCCAAGCCGUCUCCGUAGCAGGUCCGGGUGGAGUAGCUGCAGCAGCUCCCGUCGGAACAGCAAUCGUCGGCCCAGGAGGAAUGGCCCUUUCUGCCCCGAUGGCCACUGCCGUCGCUGGUACGAAACCGGGAAAACCCCAGGACAAAGUCAGGUCGUACUUCCCCAGGACGUCUUUCUAUCCUUACUAAGCCGUAAGAAUUCUUGGAGAUUCCUUGCGCCUCAUCCAACGACGAUUGGCGAGUGACGCGAUGAAUUCUCGACAACCAACGAGUGCCAACAUGUCAACCCUUUUCAAGCUAAUUUAUUACGUUUGGAUUUUCUUUUUUCAAUAAUAAAUAAAUUAAAUUAUAUCAA